AGGGAUCUAGGUCCAAUUUCCAACUACUACCACCACCAUCCUCUUCUUUUUACCUCCUUGCUGAUCAUUUAAAUAGCUAGCCAAAGCAUAAACUAGAUUUCAAACUUUGUUCCUCUUCACUUUGCUUCUGAUUUAAGACCAUCACAAUGGGAUCACACUGUACUUUCAUGAUCUUAGUGAUUGUAUCAAUGGUGAUUACCUGUGUAACCUCAGAUUCAGCCAAAGACAAACAAGAAUGUACAGAGCAGUUGGUAGGGAUGGCCACAUGUCUUCCCUAUGUUGGGGGUGAUGCAAAAGCCCCAACACCAGACUGCUGCAGUGGUCUCAAACAAGUCCUGCAGAAGAACAAGAAAUGCCUGUGUGUGAUUAUUAAAGAUAGAAAUGAUCCAGAUCUGGGUCUCAACCUUAAUGCCACACUUGCCUUGGGCCUUCCUUCUGUUUGCCAUGCUCCUGCUAAUGUUUCCCAGUGCCCAGCUCUUCUACACUUGGCUCCUAAUUCACCAGAUGCUCAGGUCUUUUACCAGUUUGCUAACAGCUCCAAUGGCACUGCCAGCAGCACUCCUUCUACUGUUAAAAGCAAUUCCAGUGCAAGUGCUAAUAGUAAAGGCGUGAGCGCUCAGGGUGGCUGUUGCAAUGGAAAGAAAUGGCUGAAUUUGGAGUUUGCUGUUGGUGGGACUUUGCUAUGGCUUCUCACUUCAAACUUGCUCAUUUAGAGGCAAGAUGGGGUUGUCAUUCUCUGUUUAUUGUAUUUUUUGUAUUAAUGCACAACUAUGUCAGCAUGAAAAUGAUCUGGUUUUAAUGGCCUAAAUGACAAGAAAUAUUGCAGCAGAUUGAUAUUAGUGGCGUCAUUCUCAA